GAGUCCGACAGCACACCCUGGUCUAGCUCGAAGGAUGGAAACAGACAUUCUCAUAAUUACGAAGGAGUCUGCAGGAGUAGUCUGGGAAGAGAAGAAGAAAAACUCGAUGAUUAUGGAUUCCUGCUGAGAUGGAUUGAUGCUGAUGGAGAAAAACUACGUGUCGGCCGGCCAGCUGAGAGCAACGGGCUACAGCAUGAUCGCCCUGGCGUCGAUUGUCGUCCUGGCCCGGCUCGCGCUCGUCCUAUGGAAGUCUCGCAGGCUGCAGGUGGCGGACGGGUGGCUGUUGCUCGCUUGGAUGUGCUUUUUGGCCAUGACCGUCGGCUAUCUCGUCGUGACGCCCGUGGUGUAUCGAGUCGACGCCUACGAGCAAGGGGAGAUCGGUGCGUGGCCGGACAUGCUGGACGACGCCCUGUUCAUGAUCCAGAUCUUCUUUGCCAACACGAUGCUGCUCUGGGCCUCGCUGUGGUCCGUCAAGCUGUCGCUUCUCUUUCUCUACCGCACUCUGCUGCAAGCGCUCCCGGACCAGAUGAAGUGGUGGUGGAUGGCUCUGGGGUUUAUCAUUAUUACCUUCAUCGGUGCCAUCGUGUCCAACUUCACUUCCUGCCAGAGCAUGCACGCCUGGUUUACUGUGGGAGAAUGUGAUACUCAUCGAGAUGCCGUGGCUGAGAUCGCCAGUCUAUACUACAGCUUCGCCGUCGACGUCCUCAGUGAUAUCAUGAUCAUGGUGCUUCCCCUCCGUCUUGUCCUAUCGCUCCGUCUCCCGCCGGCGCAGAAACUGGGUGUGGUUACCCUCUUCACGCUGGGCAUCAUCUGCGUCAUCACGGCCAUUGUACGGGUUGUCCAGAUCGGCUCGCGGGCGGACAACGACAGUACCCCGAGCAGCUCCUGGCUAGCUUUCUGGGGGAUUCUAGAAUCAGGGAUUGCUGUUAUGGUCGGCAGUCUCCCUGCGUUCGCUAUUGUCUACCGUCAGACGAAAAGCUUCAAACGGUAUCCCAGCUCGUAUCCUGCACCACGAUACUUCAGACAAGAAGACGUGGUUCUGGAGGAGAUAUCUACUGGAAACCGCACCAUGCUUGUGGAGGGAGAGUGGUGAUGUGAAUGAUCUUUGUCAAUAUGAUCCCUCAGCUGCUGGCCAGCCAUAUGACAGGUAUAAAAGGAUCCUGCUUCUCCCUUCUUCGCCCUUAACACUUACUCUAUUGAGAUACUAUGGGAUGAAAAAAUACUGCCUAUAUUAUUUACUUUUUUUUUGCUGUUUGCAGGAGACAAAAGAGCAGAUUCCUUGCAGAGCUUCUUAUAUUACUGCACCUUCACAGCUAAAAAAAGAGAGUCUGUCAUGUUCCAUUCCUCAUCAAGUCACCAAUCUCUAUCUAGAUAGAGCCACACGAGUCGCAGUAAAGAGGCCAGCUCACGAAGC